CCUGUCUCUCGAACUAGUCGCUCCGACAGCGAUCACCCGCGCACACGUCGCGACGCCGCGCCGCACCGCUCGACGGCACGCUGCUGAUAACGCGCCCCAUUUGAACGCAACACUCCAUUUAGCUACACAACCGACUCAUUCAUAAUAUCGACGCUACGUUGCGGAUCAUUACAAUACACCAAACAGCCCAAAUUACGCGAUUAACCCGCGCUAUCCCAAACCGGCUCUGUGACCAUAUGAUCCGCAUUGUACUCGUCCGAACUGCACGGCCCUGAUCUCCGAUAUCGGUACGCAGUCACGAUGUGGAUCAACAGUUGAAAAGUGCAGUGUGUCUUUGUCUAGACAUCCGUGUUAAGAUGACUCAGUGACAGAAGACUUUCACGAAGUGCAGUGAUUAGAUAUGUGACACGAUUAUGUUGGAGAUGUGAAUGUUGACGUUUUAGUAUCCUUAACUGCUGGUGUUGUAAGGAUAGAAGCAAUGGCUGGUGCUAGUGAAGAUGGUGGCGGUGUGGAAGAGGUUCCUCCGCCCGCCGCGGCGGAGAGCCGUAAGCGUGGACUCAGCAGUUCCAUGUCUUUACGCACCAAGAAAUUGGGCCGAAGACUCUCGCGCAGCAUGUCAAUAGUGGCCCUGAAGCUGCCAGAGAAGGCGCAUAGUAUUACACGAACUUCAUCCAAGUUGAUGAAGUCUAGUAAUCGUGAUAAGAAAAAUCGCACUUUCGAACUCUCUAUAAUACUUCCGGAUAAAUCUCAGAAACAGGUGACGGUGUACGGCAAUAAUACAGUUGCAGAAGUGGUAUGCGAGCCACUUCGAGAGGUAGGAGUCACAGUCGCUGGUCUUCCUUCGGGGCCUAUAUCAGCACCUCAGGCCGUACCGUUGGAAGGCCACCUACCUUUGCCCGUGUCACUUCCGGAGGUUCCACCAACGGCUCUGCUCUUCCUCGGAGGCUCCAAAGCUCCUGUGGAACCCAGAGCCCCUGCUAGUGCCUUGGAAGGCGAAGUAUUAGUGGUGGAAUUCCAGCCACCGCAGUGGGACGGCAAAGAUCUGGAGACGUUUAUAGCCUGGGAGAAGAUUUACGCCUCUACACUGUUUUCUGCUGUGGAACUGUAUGGAAAACCGCUGUUACGAGCUGCUGUCAUUACCAAGGAGGAGUACCAUCUACUAUUUUACUAUUUGCAGUCUGUCUCUGAAGCAAGCGAAGCACUUACUGAACGUAUGAGAAAAUACAUUGAUUCUGGAUUACUAAUAAAUGAGUGUAAAAAAGAUGACAACGAUACACAUUCAAUUACCUCAAAGAAAUCUGUGAUAGAAGAAGAAGAAAAGAGUUUAUUGACAGAAUUGGUUCAAGAAGGAGUGCUAUCUCAACAAGACGUAGAUGGUUCUUCUGUGAUCACGAGAUCAGAAUUUAAUGAGUCGUCACAUAAUAGAAAAUCUGAUGAUGAUAAUAGGUCUAGUAUUUCUUCGAUUAGUACUAGUCUUCGUAAAGUUAUUGUCGAUAUACCAAUAAAUUGCGAUGAAUCUCUAGCCGACAGUUCUAUUAUAGAAUCUAGCGAUAAUGUGACCACAGUUACCAUUAGAAGUAGUGGACAAUGUUGCGCUGACCAUAGAAUUUCAGCAGAUGUAAGUGAUAACGUUUGGGCUAACGUGAGAUGGGAUUUUCUCAAUCCUACAGAUUUCGGAUAUGAUCAAAUUCGCAGUGUAAAACGAAGUCGCUCCGAUUCGGCGUUAACUCCUAUCGCUAGACGAAAAAACGAAGACAUUUACGAAACAUUACCAAAUACAGAGGACGGUGAAUCUUGUGGUAGUGUAACUCCAUAUGAGUCAAUAGAAGAUUUGUAUGAUUGUAUAAAGAAUUCACAGUAUUUAAGUGCCGCUGCUGUAGAGUCAUCACCGUCUACUGAAAGCCAAUCUGAACCGCAGUAUCCAGAUUACUAUGAAAAAUCUAGCACUACUCGCCAAAGUUCCGCGAGCAGCGAUAAAAGUGGCACAUCCUCCGCGUUUCCAUUUUCGAAAUGUGGCUCAAGUGAUUCAACAGGAGCAUUUACAUCGUGCGAGUCGACCAGCGGGAUCAGUACUUUUGCUUCUAAAAGCAUCCCGGAGUCACUAAAGCGCCGGGAGUUACCGCCUACACCCUCUGAUGGAUGCGAGGGUGAAAGCGCCAUCCUGUUGAAGCAAUUGUUUAUGGGGGAAUUAUUAGACGCGUAUGGAGAAUAUUUAUCCGCAUAUCCCUUUGCUCGCGCCCUAUUGAGGCGGAAGAUACGUCGAGAUGAACACUUCACCGCUCUUGCUGACAUCAGAAGGGGAGCAGCCAAACACACCAUCACGGACUACCUGGAGCUACCGAUCGAGCGUCUGGCGCAAUAUGAGCGCCUGGUAGGGGGCGGCUGUGCACGGCGGCGUGCAGCCAAGUUGUCGGACUUGGAGCGCGUGCAGGAUCUGUUCCCGCAUGACUACUUGGCACUCCACGAUGCAGACGCGCCUUCCGCGCUUGCCUCGCAUCAUGCUCAGAAAUCGAAGAGUCUCCGCAAACGCCCAAGCCUGGACAUCGGUGGUACAGUCAGUUCGAGUAGUGCUUCACUGUCACCACGUACUUUCAUCAUGGAAGCUCCCGUCCAACUAGCUCCUCUGGGCUCAACCUCUCCACCACUGGACCGCAACUUGUUCCUCUUCAGCGACUUACUACUCAUCGGCAAGUCGAGAGGGAUGCACUGCUUCAAGCUGAAGGAGAGUGUGAGGUUGGCUGAGGUGUGGGUGUCGUUGCCUGAUGGUGAUGAUACCGGUUUCCUCAUUGGCUGGCCCACCAUCACUGGAGUUGCUAAUUAUUUAGCGACCUAUCCCACGCAGGCUGCUAGAGACAAUUCUUAUAGGAAAAUCCAAAAUGCAUUGAAUGCGCAGCUGGAUACAGAGCCAAAAUCAACUAAUAUACAGAUUUUCUACAAAGACGCAUCAAGCGCAAUAGAAUUUUGUAAGACGGUAUCAGUAGGACCAGAGAUGAGCGCGCGCUGUGUAGUCCGACAAGCCCUGCACGUGCUUCAGACUGGUCACGAAGGAGAGGGUGAAGGAGACGGAGAGGGCGAUAAUGAGGGAGAGGGAAGAUGGGGGGCAGCCAAUGAGUUCACGCUAUGUGUCAAGAUGGCGAGGGAUGCGCCCCCCACACCGUUGCAUGGCAUUGAAAGACCUCACGCAAUUCAGAUGUCGCGCAUAAGACAAACAUUAUCGAACGAAGACGGCUUUGAUUUAGAACAUGUCAACGCUAAGAACAAUCCUUGUGGGCUGGUCUUCGAAUUGAGGAAGAAGAAUCAGGCGCUAAAAAACGGCAGCACAACUCCGGCUCGCGGUUUGCGUCUCCUGCGCCGUGGAGGGCGGCUGUUCGGCGUCGCACUCACACGACUCUGCAACGGGACCCCGCCCCCCGCGCUGCUGCAGGCCAUGCGGCGACUAAGGACGGUUGCACCGCUAACCCAUGGCGUCUUCCGUAGGAGCGCUAAUGCUAAAGCGCUGAGACUGCUCAGAGAUAAGUUGGACGCUCUGGGCCCGUGGGCGGAAAGCUGUCCCGAGCUGGACCGCGCGCCGGUAUUGCUACUGGCCGCACUGGUCAAGGAAUUCUUCCGCGCGUUGCCGCAACCGCUGCUCAUCGCCGAACUGUAUCCCUCUUGGCUGCAAGUACUUGGAUUAUCCCAAGCAGAAAAAGUAACGGCAGUCCGAUCCUUACUACUAAAACUGCCAAAGUCACACUACAAUAUGCUGACGUACUUUGUGUGUUUGCUUCAAGCCAUCGCCAAGAAAUCGAACAUCAACCUCAUGUGUCCAAUGAACCUCGGAGUUUGUGUUGGUCCUAGUCUCCUCUGGCCCAAUACUCCCUGUGACAAAGCUCCCAAAGCAGUGCCAAUGGUUGUAGAAUUACUUAUCGUUAAAGCCGACGAUUUAUUCGGGUCACAGAUUUCUUGCCUAUUGGGCAAUGGUAACCCCGAGACUUCCAAUGCGUUACUGGAUUCAGGUGCAGAAGAAAGCGACAGCCUACACUCUGUCGGCAUAUCUUUAGAUUCUAUGGAACUAUCAACGCCGCGUAAAGAGAAACUGUCAUUGAGCAGAGAUUCAGGACUAACUCUGUCUGAGGAUGACUCGAAUAGUAAUGGUGGAAACAGUCCUGCACCUAGAAAUAUUUUACACAGCCUCUCAGCUCCCAUGUGCAAUAUGCAACAAGAAUCUAAAUUGGUAACUAGAUACCAUAAUGAACACCAUAAUGUUAACGGUCUUCCACGAAUAGCCCAACGACAAAGUAAUUAUUCAAACAAAGCCGAUAUGUACAGCACUGUUAAUGAGGAGUUGUAUACUACGCCAUACACGGGAGAAAGAUAUGUACACAACUCGAUAAAUAUAGGAAUCUCGAAUGGCAUAGAUGAAAGAAAUUAUAUCUCCAAAACCGCACUUCAACGAUCAACAGCAGAUAUUUACGGUCAAAGUCCAGCGAAAUAUAUCACUGGUUUGGAGCCCCAAAAGCCACCAAGAAGUAUCUCAAAAGCAGCGCGAACUUCUAAAGUAUACAGCAUGUUUGCAGAAACGCAAGAUAUCGAUAACAAUGUUUCAAACAAAAAUUUUAAUAGGGCUAAAAGUUCUGACAACUUGUUGGAACCUAAACAAGAAUCGAUUGAUAUCAAACGGGACCUGGUUUCUAGUCAAGAAAAUAUUGUUUAUAGUAACAUACAUGAUCUUGCCAUGUUCACCGAAAAUAUUCAACGACAGAAUCAGUACCAAUCCCACGCAGAAAUUAUGUCAAAUUCAAAUUCAAACUAUUCUAGAGUGUAUACUGGAUGGGAGCAAAAAAGCGCAAAUUACAAUAAUACUCACACAUCGGAAAACAUUUAUGAACAGAUGAUGAAGACUCAAGGUGAGCCCUCGCAGAAUAAAGAUGGAAGUGUAACACCGGCAGCCACCAUUUUUACAAGAAAUGACUGGUCUCGUCAAGCAGCGAGGACGAAGAGUUUGGAAGUUAAUGAGGAAGGACAUCCCAAUAAUAAUGAGAAAAUUCGUAAUGGUAACUACGAACUCAACGUAAACGUUAAUUGUUGUCGUAAACGAAGAUUUGAUCCCGCACAUAUGUGUACUAAGAGUUGUACAAAUGGACAAUCGAUGUCGAAUCACAGAGAACCAGAAAAACAAGUCAGAAACCCACUACAGAACUCGUAUUCAUAUAUCGAUGGAAUUUACAAUAACUCCGAAGAGAGUAAAAAAUCGAGACACCGUAAUUAUAAUAACAUCAAUAAAUUGAAUCAAUCCAAAUCCCUUGCCAACAUCAUAUUACACAGUGAUUCUAGCAGCAGCGAUACAUUAUACCAGCCUCAAAAUUCCUACAACAGCCGAUCGACGGAGUCACCUGCCAGUGAAAACUCCUUCGAAAACUGUUACACGACCCAGUACAUAGAGCCCUUAUACACGUCCGUGUAUAACCGCAGAAGGGAUAUUUUCCACGAAGAUAAAUCGAAUAUGUUUUCAUCAGACAUAUAUAAAGCUACUCCUACAGCCGUGCAGCCAGAGUAUCACACGGAGAAGGAGCAGAAUAACAACAAGAAACCACCGCACAUCCCGCCGCCAGUGCCGCCGAGGAAGAUGGUCUACCAGCGGGUGCUGAAGAAGUUCCAGCCAGUUCACGUGAACAAGGAUGACAAGUCCAGAUCCAAGUCAGUGCCCCGACUGUACAACGGUGCUGACAAAAACGACCAAAACGUUUUAGCGUUGGAUUGUUCUGAAUCCGAUACGGAGUCUGAAUCAUACGUAUAGGUAUGUUAUUGAAGCACAAGUAAGUAAUUGUUCUGUUUAUGUUUGCAAGUGAUAUGAAAAAAGAAUGUUUGUAUUGAUAUUAUAGUUACACUUGAAUGAAUUAUUAUUGAUCACUUGAUUUUAUGAAUUCUUGUGAGAAUUAGAAUAUAUAUUAAUGUUAUUAGUGAUGUCAUGCGAAUCCCGCCUGAAAAUUUUAAUAUGUGACCAUAACCGUAGUUGUUUUGGUGAUGUAAUUCCAAAGACGUAAGAAUAGUUUCAACUUUUUAAUGAAGUUAUAUGUAUCGAUUAGAAUGUCAAUGAUCGAUUAAUGUAAUUAUCUGCAGUAAUAAUUUUGAAUACUUAGUAAUAUUUACUUGUGUAAUAAAACUACCUACUUCAAUUUGUGUCUCACUGUAUGUGUCAUUUAUUUGAUUUAAGAUUAAUUAAAUAUUAUUAACUGGAAUGUAUGCGUGUGUAUAUAAUGUACGAUAAAAUGUCUACCUUAGUAAGUAAAUGCUAUAAUAAAAAUAUAUUAAAUAUCUUUAAUGA